AUGUCCAAGGAAAACUUACUUAAGAUCAGCCAGUAUAAUACUGAGAGAAGACCGUCGUUGGCCACAGACGUUGACUACUCUUCCACCGAUUUAUCCAGUCGUCUGGAUUCGGCCAACACGACAAACGGAACACCGACCGUAACUCUUCACAAGAGGCAAUCGUCUACAGAGCUCUUGUCUGAGUCACCUGAACAGAAAAGGUUCUUGAAAACGAUAGACACUUUGAAUCGAACCACAAAUUCUAGAUUACGCCAGAGGUUAAACCGUGAGGGCGAUAAGCAUAAAAAGGAACACAAAGAACAUGAAAAACAUAAAGAUGACCAUUCUAAAUACAAGUCUCGGUUUGGAGAUAUCCAUUUCUACUCAAACAUGACAACCAUCUUCGAUGCUGAUUACUUUAAGGAAUCGCAGUUCUUUGGAGUUUACAUUCUCUUUUGGCUCGGAACGGCAUUCUUAAUUCUCAACAACUUGGUCCAUACAUUUUUGGAGAACGGAGACAAUCUUCUCGAUGGACCAGUUGUCAGAACGUUUAAAAAGGACUUACUUAAAAUUGCUCUUACAGACUUGGGAAUGUACUUGACGAUGUACGUCUCUGUCUUUAUUCAAUUGGGCAUCCGCAAAGGAUGGUAUAGCUGGAGCUCAACAGGAGCCACCUUGCAAAACAUAUACUCAUUCGUGUACUUCUUUGCCUGGAGUUACUUUGCGUCGCCAAAGUACAUGGACUACCCUUGGAUUGGAAAGGUGUUUCUUGCACUUCACAGCUUGGUGUUUCUCAUGAAAAUGCAUUCUUAUGCCACAUACAACGGCUAUCUUUGGAACAUCUUCAACGAGCUUCAAGUGUCACGAAAGUACUUGAAGAUAUUGGACGAGACCGAUGAAUCCAUGAUUGAGGGUAAGAGUGUUUCCGAUUUGCGAAAGGCUUUGGUAGACAGCAUUGGUUUCUGCUCAUACGAGUUGGAGUACCAGUCCAAAUCAACGAGCGUGAACACGGAUGUCGAAAUCACCGGCGACAAGAACAAAUUGAACACAACCAAGUCUACCAGUUCACUCGAUGACGACUAUGUGAGUUUCCCCAAUAACAUUACGUUUUUCGAUUUUUUCAGGUAUUCAAUGUUUCCAACAGUGGUGUAUUCUCUCAAGUUCCCACGUACAAAGCGUAUUAGAUGGGGUUACGUCAUGGAAAAGUCAUUUGCAGUGUUUGGCAUCAUCUUCUUGAUGAUCACCGUCGCUCAAAACUGGAUGUAUCCUAUCGUUGUACGAGCACAAGAGGCUAGCAAACUCCCAAUGUCAAGAGAAAAGGUAUUGCAGUACUGUUUGGUUUUACUAGACAUGAUUCCACCAUUUCUCAUGGAAUAUCUUUUCACCUUUUUCUUGAUUUGGGACGUGAUCCUAAAUGCGAUAGCCGAAUUGAGUAGGUUUGCAGAUCGGGACUUUUAUGGUCCUUGGUGGUCUUGUACCGAUUGGUCGGAAUUUGCAAGAAUUUGGAAUCGUCCUGUUCACAAAUUUUUGCUUCGUCAUGUGUACCAGUCAACUAUCAGUACUUUCAAACUCAAUAAAAACCAAGCGUCGUUGGUGACGUUUAUCAUUCUGAGUUUUGUUCAUGAGUUUGUCAUGUUUGUCAUUUUUAGAAAGGUGAGAUUCUACAUGUUGGCGCUCCAGAUGUCUCAGCUUCCAUUGAUAAUGAUUAGUCGAACAAAAUUCAUGAGAGACAAAAAAGUGUUGGGAAAUGUUAUCUGCUGGGUAGGAUUCAUUUCUGGACCAUCGAUGAUCUGUACUUUGUAUUUAGUAUUUUAA